UACACACAGAACCUGGAAACGUUGACGUCAGGAAGUCGACCACAACCAAAACAGUAACCUCAAUCGUUACAUGAAGUUUUCCCUUGUUUUAAAGCUAGUAAAGUGUAGCCUUCGGGGAAACCAUCAGACACAUGCGAUAUUUGCACCUAUGACCAUGCAUCCCCUCACAAUUACAGUGAGUGUGAUUCACUAAUGGUACCGGGCUCCAGCUAAAAUAGCAUACCGAGUUCUGAAUACAGGACCACACCUGCCCCCUGAGGAAACGGAGAAACUGACCCAUGGUUGACUGUCGCAGACAGUUAGCUAGCUAGAAGCAUCCAUGGUACCUCGAGAUAAGCCGUCAACAAGCCCUCACGAGAAGGCACCAGCUACAUAAAAGUAAUUCGAACCCUCUUGGUCGCAGGCGAACAGAAACAUCUAAAGGAAAACUGUCCAAGUAAACACAAAGAAAUAAUACAGGUAACAGGAGACCUGCUGUCAUAUCUACCUGCCGUUGAAGGCCAUUGCUGUUUCGCAUUCCAGUUGUCCAUUUAGUUCCUGGCAUGCACAUCUGUCAACUCCGGCAAGUGUAUCUUUAAGGCGCCCUCAUGGAUCCCGGCAACGAUGUGGCGCUGGAUAUCAUCAUAACUAACGUCGUGGCCACCUUUAGGACCAGAUGCCAUCUGAAUCUGCGGACCAUUGCACUAGAGGGAUUGAAUGUCAUUUACAAACCAGAAUUCGGGAAAGUCUUGAUGAAGCUACGUAAGCCUAAAAUCACCGCCUCUAUCUGGUCCUCAGGAAAGAUCAUUUGCACUGGAGCAACAAGUGAAGAGGACGCCAAGGCGGGUGCUCGAAGGCUCGCUCGUGUUUUGCAGAAACUUGGCUUCAAGGUGAGGUUCUCGGCCUUCAAGGUAGUAAACGUCCUGGCUGUUUGCUCUCUGCCCUUUCAAGUCCAUCUCAUCCAGUUCACUAAGAACAACCGUCCCAUCGCCAGUUAUGAGCCUGAACUCCACCCUGCUGCAUCAUACCGCAUUAAACAGCUCAGGGCUACAAUACAGAUCUUCUCCACCGGCAGCAUCACUCUCACAGGACCAGAUGUGCAGACUGUGGCCACUGCCGUGGAGCAGAUAUACCCGCUGCUGUUCGAAUGUCGGAAGAUAAAGCACUGAGAUAACUCACACACACACACACAUUGAAAAGCACCUUACAAAAGAUGUUUUUAAUUGAUUUUAACUUUUUUGUUUGUUUGUUUGUUUGGUUGGUUGUAAUGCGAGUGGCAGCUUUUGCCCCAGAGGGUCUCCGUCCUACCGUCAGUCCUCCCGGGUUUGAGUUGCAAGCGUUGGAGACACCGUUGCAUGAGAACAUUGUGAACUUGUGAAAUUUAAUCGAGCACCCCCAGCUAAAAAAAACCCUGAACAUUCUGAGGACUCCUAGGGUGUAAUGCUUAAAGCCAACAUCAGACUGGCUGUUGUGUUCAAAUCGUUGUGCUACAAUCAUUGAAACAAAGAGUGAUAAACAUG